GGGGCCGGGGUCAAAGGGCGCGGCGUGGCGCCUGCGCACAAACGCGCAGACGGCACGAUGGCGGACAAAGAGAAAAAGAAGAAGGAGAGCAUCUUGGACCUGUCCAAAUACAUUGACAAGACGAUCCGGGUGAAGUUCCAGGGGGGCCGCGAAGCCAGUGGAAUCCUGAAGGGCUUCGACCCACUGCUCAACCUCGUGCUGGACGGGACCAUCGAGUACAUGCGAGACCCGGAUGACCAGUACAAGCUGACGGAGGACACGCGGCAGCUGGGGCUGGUGGUGUGCCGCGGCACGUCAGUGGUGCUCAUCUGCCCGCAGGACGGCAUGGAGGCCAUCCCCAACCCCUUCAUCCAGCAGCAGGACGCCUAGCCGCUGACCCCCGACCCCUGCCCUUUUGUAUAGGUUGAAUUUUUGUUUUCUUAAUAAAACUGCAAACCCAAA